UUAAUUGAUUUCAUACGCUAAAGAGAACAGGAAGUGCCAUUACUUGCCAAACAGUAGCUCCACGACGAGGAACAGAUACAUGUCUGCUUCUUCUUCCUUUACAAACUCGAUGGCCGGCGAGGAGUCAAACGGCAGCGUUACAGUGCUUCCGGGUGUUGAAGACAAGUACGGUGGCGUGGUGACGGAGAUGAGUCAUCCCAUGGAUCCUUCUACCUUCUCUGCACUUCUCCGAACCUCUCUCUCUAACUGGACUCUUCAGGGAAAGAAGGGAGUGUGGAUCAAACUGCCAAGGCAUCUUAUUGGUCUAGCUGAAACUGCUGUUAAGGAAGGGUUCUGGUUUCAUCACGCGGAGAAGGACUACUUGAUGCUUGUGUAUUGGAUUCCCAAAGAAGACAAUACGCUUCCUUUCAAUGCAUCUCACCGUGUUAGUAUCGCUGCCUUUGUCAUUAACCACAACAAAGAGGUGCUAGUGGUUCAAGAGAAGACAGGAAGAACUAAAGGCAAAGGUAUCUGGAAGUUCCCCACCGGAGUAGUCAAUGAGGGUGAAAACAUCCAUGAUGGCUCGGUUAGAGAGGUUAAAGAAGAGACAGGAGUGGAUACUGAAUUUGUUCAAGUAUUAGCUUUCAGACAGACACACAAAACAUUUUUUGAAAAGUCAAAUUUGUUCUUUGUGUGCAUGCUAAAGCCUCUUUCUUUUGAGAUCAAUGCACAAGAAUCAGAGAUAGAGGCAGCUCAGUGGAUGCCAUGGGAGGAAUACACAAAGCAACCAUUCGUACAGAAUCAUGAGCUAUUAAGGUAUGUGACAGAGAUAUGCUCUGCUAAAACCAACGGAGACUACGAAGGCUUCACUCCUCUCAGCGUCUAUGAACAUGAUCAACAAGGCAACUUGUACUUCAACACCCGCGACCUCCAUCCCCGCCAUUAA